AUGGCCUUGCACGGGAGGCUGCUAACUCUCAUGCACCUGAUGCCGUUGUUACUGGUAGCUACAGAAGCAGCAACAUCUGAUUUUCAGGCACUGCCUCCUCAAUCCCUGCCUGGCUGCCCUGGCCAGUGUGGUAACCUUACAGUUCCUUAUCCCUUCGGGAUAGGGGAAGGUUGUUACUUGCGAGAAAGGUUCAACAUCACUUGUAACGAAUCUUCACAACCCGCGACAGCAUUAUGGGGCGGCGGCCAUAGUGUCACCGCUACUAACAUAUUCCUCUCCGACGGUGAGUUGCAAAUUCUCGGUUACAUAGCUCAUGAUUGUUAUAACAAACAGGGUAAUCUAACGCAGUCCAGUCCCUCUUGGCUCGGGCUCUCUCCUCCGUUCACCAUCUCCAGUACCCGAAACAAGCUCACCGCCAUCGGCUGCGACACCAUAGCAGUUCUCAGAGGGAGCCGCCCUUACCCUAAUGAAGGCGGGUACAUAAGAACCUGCAUGUCCACUUGUAGUAACCUUGACAGUGCUGUUACCAACUCGUGCUCGGACGGCGUCGUCCUUGGGUGUUGCCAAACUGUAAUCCCUAGCGGACUCAAAAAUGGUAGUAUCGCUUUGAGUAGCUUCUCUGAACAUAAGGACGUAUGGAACUUCAACCCAUGCAGCUACGCCUUCAUUGUGGAAGAAGACAAGUUCACAUUCAACCCCAAAACAAUUUUGCAAGAUCUGAACAACACUGAAAAGCUUCCCAUGAUUCUUAACUGGGAAAUUCAGGACGGGCCGUGUGCCAAAGCUCAAAAGAGGUUGGACUAUGCUUGCAAGGCAAAUAGCAAGUGUGUGAACAGAACCAUCAACAUGCAGACUGAACCGUCCGGUUACUAUUGCCAGUGUUUACCAGGCUUCGAAGGGAACCCAUAUCUCCCAGAUGGUUGCCGAGGUGAGUGA